UUCUUCAGCUCAGCAGCAGACCAGCUUCUCACUUCAUAAUCCAGCUAUGACCAGCAAAUUUGACAAACACGAACUGACCAACAAUGAGGAGAUCAGGAUGGUGUUGGUGGGGAAGACCGGAGUUGGAAAGAGUGCCACAGCAAACACUAUUCUUGGAAGAAAGGCCUUUGAAUCAGACAUUUCCUUUGAAUCUGUGACAGUCCACUGUGCUAAGGCCUUUGUUGAGGUGGAUGGACAAAAGGUCGCCAUUAUCGACACUCCAGGUGUGUUCGACACAGGCAUUGAAGAAGCAAAAACCACAAAAGAUAUUGUCCAGUGCAUUUCUUAUGCUUCUCCUGGACCCCACAUCUUCCUGGUCGUCAUCAAACUGGGCAGAUACACAGAGGAAGAGAAGAAGACUGUGCAGAAGAUUAAAGAUCUCUUUGGAGAGGAAGCAGACAAAUACAGCAUGGUUCUCUUUACCCAUGGUGACCUGCUCAAAGGAAAACCGAUUGAGGAGCUCUUGAUGAAAUGCACAGACCUGCAGGAACUUGUGGCCAAAUGUAACGGCCAGUACCACGUCUUCAAUAACAACCUGGAGGAUCGUUCUCAGGUCAGAGAGCUGCUCAACAAGAUCAGAGAUAUAACAGAGAAGAAUGGAGGAAGCCAUUACACCACUGAAAUGUUCCAAGCAGCAGAGAAGGCCAACAACGAGGAGAUCAGGAUUGUGAUGGUGGGGAAGACUGGAGUUGGGAAGAGCGCCACAGGAAACACCAUUCUGGGAAAUAAGAGCUUUAAAUCAAAGUUCUCCCCUAAAUCUUUGACUGUCCACUGUGCUAAGGCCCGUGGUGAGGUGGAUGGACAAAGGGUUGCUGUUAUCGACACUCCAGGUCUGUUUGACACCAGAACUGAUGAAGAGAAAUCAAUUAAAGAUAUUGUCCAGAGCAUUUCUUAUGCUUCUCCUGGACCCCACAUCUUCCUGGUCGUCAUCAGACUGGGCAGAUUCACAGAGGAAGAGAAGAAGACUGUGCAGAAGAUUCAGAGAAUCUUUGGAGAGGAAGUAAACAAAUACAGCAUGGUUCUCUUUACCCAUGGUGACCUGCUCGAAGAGGAAUCGAUUGAGAAGUUCUUGGAGGAAAGUGAAGACCUGCAGGAACUUGUGGCCAAAUGUAACGGCCAGUACCACGUCUUCAAUAACAACCUGGAGGAUCGUUCUCAGGUCAGAGAGCUGCUCAACAAGAUCAGAGAUAUAACGGAGAAGAACGGAGGAAGCCAUUACACCACUGAAAUGUUCCAGAAGAACAUCCUACUGCAGCAGGACUUUAAACACAGUGUUCAAUGCACUUUGACGUCAGCAGUGUUUUAUAGGUGUGGCUUGUUGCAUGAAGUCCUCAUACAAAGACGUGUUGUUGAAGACAGAUUUCCUUCAGUUCAGCAACAGAGCAGCUCUUCUCUCCAUAACUCAACUAUGGCCAGCAACACUGGCAGAAAUGGCUGGCUCCUGGCUCUGGCUUUCACUGCUCACCUGCUCGUCAUCAGUAAUCAGCUAACCAGCCCGCCAUCAGGAAAUCCCCACUCCUCUGAACACAGCACUGAGAGCCGGUCCACGCAGGGUCACGGUAGCCCACCCCUCACAGAUCACCAACCCGCUGCACCAUCCUGCCAAGACCGCAGCCAGCUCUCAUCCACGGGAUGUACUGGAUACCCGCUGGAUUCUUCCCCCUCAUCUCACUGGGUCUCCUCAGAACUGACCAGAUACAACAACGAGGAGAUCAGGAUUGUGAUGGUGGGGAAGACUGGAGUUGGGAAGAGCGCUACAGGAAACACCAUUCUGGGAAAUAAGAGCUUUAAAUCAAAGUUCUCCCCUAAAUCUUUGACUGUCCACUGUGCUAAGACGCGUGGUGAGGUGGAUGGACAAAAGGUUUCUGUUAUCGACACUCCAGGUCUGUUUGACACCAGAACUGAUGAAGAGAAAUCAAUUAAAGAUAUUGUCCAGAGCAUUUCUUAUGCUUCUCCUGGACCCCACAUCUUCCUGGUCAUCAUCAGACUGGGCAGAUUCACAGAGGAAGAGAAGAAGACUGUGCAGAAGAUUCAGAGAAUCUUUGGAGAGGAAGCAGAUAAAUACAGUAUGGUUCUCUUUACCCAUGGUGACCUGCUCGAAGAGGAAUCGAUUGAAGAGUUCUUGGAGGAAAGCAAAGACCUGCAGGAACUUGUGGCCAAAUGUAACGGCCAGUACCACGUCUUCAAUAACAAACUGGAGGAUCAUUCUCAGGUCAGAGAGCUGCUCAACAAGAUCAGAGAUAUAACAGAGAAGAACGGAGGAAGCCAUUACACCACUGAAAUGUUCCAAGCAGCAGAGAAAGCGAUUGAAGAGGAGAAACAACGAAUCCUGAAAGAGAAAGAAGAGCAAAUGUGCAAAGAGCGGGAGGAACUGGAGAAGACAAUGAAGGAAAAGUACGAGCAACAAAUGAGUGAAGCAAAGGCUGACAUGGAGAAGAAGUUUGAGUUAGAGGUAGCUCAGAAAAAAGAAAUGGAAGAGGAAAUCAAAAAACUAAAAGAAGCACAGGAAAAGUGGGCCAGAGAGGAAGCAGAGAACAGCGGUUCAUUACUACAACAACUAUUUAUGAAAUUUGUAAAAAUAGUGGAUUACCUUGAAGAAAUGUUUACUCUAUGAGGCAGGACAGCAGCAGAUUAAUUAGCUGCUGUGGCUUAAAUGUAAACAGUUAGUUAAUGCUAGUUUUGGAAAUUGGAAAAAGUUUCCUUCAUACAUAAAAUACAUACUUAUAUCCAAUGUGGAAUGUUUUUUUGUUUUGGUGGGGGGGUUGUGCUGUUCACUUGUAUUGCAUUAUACAUUUAAUCAUUGAUACAACUGGGAUUGAUAAGAUACUUGUAUAUAUGUUAGUUGCAGUCUUAAAGAUAAAAUAAAAUCUCUGCUCUCCUGAAAGAA